AUGGCUAAAUUCACAGCUCCUUUACCCACAGCUUCUUGGAAAAAGCCUCGGGUUGCAGGGCAGGGUGGCUCUGCCACAAAACUCAGGGGAGAAACUGCUGCUCACCUCAGCCAUGGCUUGGGACAGACGGACACAACAUCUGCCUGUGUCCCAAACUGCUGCACAUCUGUCUGUGUCCCAAACUGCUGCACAUCUGUCUGUGUCCCAAACUGCUGCACAUCUGCCUGUGUCCCAAACUGCUGCACAACAUCUGCCUGUGUCCCAAACUGCUGCACAUCUCCAUGGCUCAGGACAGAUGGACACAACAUCUGCCUGAGCCCCAAACUGCUGCACAUCUGCCUGUGUCCCAAACUGCUGCACAUCUGCCUGUGUCCCAAACUGCUGCACAUCUGUGUCCCAAACUGCUGCACAUCUGCCUGUGCCCCAAACUGCUGCACAUCUGCCUGUGUCCCAAACUGCUGCACAUCUGUGUCCCAAACUGCUGCACAUCUGCCUGAGCCCCAAACUGCUGCACAUCUGUCUGUGUCCCAAACGGCUGCACAUCUGUGUCCCAAACUGCUGCACAUCUGCCUGAGCCCCAAAUGCUGCACAUCUGUCUGUGUCACAACUGCUGCCAUGGCUCAGGACAGAUGGACACAACAUUGCCUGUGUCCCAAACUGCUGCACAUCUGUGUCCCAAACUGCUGCACAACAUCUGCCUGA